GGGGCCACUCGCCCGCCUGUCGCGCUCCGGGCGUCUCCUGUCCCUCUGAGGCGCCACGGCUGCUUGGCAUCCCGGCUGCCCUAUCUGGAGCGCUCCCAGUGCCUGCGGGAGGAGAGGAGCUUGGCCAAGCCGAGGCGGCCCCUAGGGCGCUAUUCGUUGUGGAGACAGAGACGAGACCCAUGGAUGAGCGGCGGAGGGCGGCACCCGCACUGACGCGAGUUGGGGCCGCCACUACCCGCCGCCCGCCGCGCGAUGAGCAAGCUGGCGGAGACGCCCUAGCCCGGUGAACGCGCAGGGCGGAGCGCGCAGGUGGAGCUGUGCUCUCCGCUGUGCGUCCUGCGCGGGUCCCCGGCCACAGGGAGGAUGGGUGCCAGCGCCCUGGGGCCGCACCCGCCGCUGCUGUCCCCACGCCCACCGCGAGCCCAGAGUCCGGCCGGCGCCCUGCGCUCAUGGACGGUGGCUCCUGGCUGGCGGCGGCGCGCCCCAGGGCUGUGAAUGCAACUCGUCUCUCCGCCGCGCUCCCCGCCCGCCCGCCAGCCGGGACGUGGUAGGGGAUGCCCAGCUCCAGUGCGAUGGCAGUUGGCGCGCUGUCCAGUUCCCUCCUGGUCACCUGCUGCCUGAUGGUGGCUUUGUGCAGUCCGAGCAUCCCGCUGGAGAAGCUGGCCCAGGCGCCGGAGCAGCCCGGCCAGGAGAAGCGCGAGCACGCGUCUCGGGAUGGCCCGGGGCGGGUGAGCGAGCUCGGGCGCCCCGCGAGGGACGAGAGCGGCAGUGGCCGGGACUGGAAGAGCAAGGGCGGCCGCGGGCUCGCCGGCCGGGAGGCAUGGAGCAAACAGAAGCAGGCCUGGGCCACUCAGGGAGAGGGCGCCAAGGCCAGGGACCUGCAGGUCCUGCCCCGCGGGGACACCCCGCAGGGGGAGCCCCUGGCUGCGGCAGCCCAGGACGCGGCUGGGCCGGACCUUGCUCCAGCAACCGAGCCGCCGGAGGAGUACGCGUACCCGGACUAUCGCGGCAAGGGCUGCGUGGACGAGAGCGGCUUCGUGUAUGCCAUCGGAGAGAAGUUCGCGCCGGGCCCGUCGGCCUGCCCCUGUCUGUGCACCGAGGAGGGGCCGCUGUGCGCGCAGCCCGAGUGCCCGCGGCUGCACCCGCGCUGCAUCCACGUCGACACCAGCCAGUGCUGCCCUCAGUGCAAGGAGAGGAAGAACUACUGCGAGUUCCGGGGCAAGACCUACCAGACUCUGCAGGAGUUCGUGGUGUCUCCAUGCGAGAGGUGCCGCUGUGAGGCCAAUGGGGAGGUGCUGUGCACAGUGUCCGCGUGUCCCCAGACGGAGUGUGUGGACCCGGUGUACGAGCCCGACCAGUGCUGCCCCAUCUGCAAGAACGGUCCAAACUGCUUUGCAGAAACUGCUGUCAUCCCAGCUGGAAGAGAAGUGAAGACGGACGAGUGCACCAUAUGCCACUGUACCUACGAGGAGGGCACAUGGAGGAUCGAGCGGCAGGCCAUGUGCACAAGACACGAGUGCCGGCAAAUGUAGGCGCUGGGCCCUCCGGACACUCUGACUUUUUCUAGAAUCUUCUACUGAUGUGAACGUUCUCGGUGACUCUGGGAAAUACCACGCAAAAGGAGAAGACUUUUGAUGAGGAAUAAUGGAACACUACGGGCACCGUGGCUUUUCUCGGUAACAAUUACUGUAAGAGGAGGGAAUGGGUAUAUUUCCAAUCAUCAACAAGAACUUUGGACAUGAAAUCCCUCUCUAAAUAAAUGUGCUAUUUUCACAGUAAGUACACUAACGUGCACUCUUAUAUAUUAAAUGUAUUUCUAUAAUCUGCACAUCAGAGAGCUUCUAUAAAUGUUUUCUAUAGAUACAGAUUAAACUUGCUGUGUUGUCA